CCCGCAUCGCUUCGAUAGCACACCGUCAUGGCCCAAAGACAGACCGUCAGGACUACCUACGCAGUUGACAGAACCCUGCAGUCCAUCUACUCCGGCGGCAGCGUUGCCUUGAGCGAAGAUGGCUGCAUUCUCGCCGCAUGCUUGGGCGAAGAUGCGCUUCUCACAGAUAUCGCAACCGGAGCGGAGCUGGCUAGGAUAGAAGGAGAUGGCGAAGUUAUUACCGCGCUGGCAUUGACGCCUUCUGCCUCCCACCUAAUCGUUUGCUCACGAUCGCUGUCUAUGCAUAUAUACUCUCUAAUGCCAUCUGAUUCCGAAGAGAAUUCGAUCCGAGUUGAAUUGUCACGCGCGCUUCGACCACACACCUCACCUGUUGUGACCUUGGCGGUUGAUAAUACCGGUACUCUAGUAGCUACCGGUGCUGCUGAUGGUGCCGCCAAAGUAUGGGAUGUUCGAGGUGGUUACGCUACGCAUACCUUCCACGGCCAUGGCGGCGUCAUCUCGGCUCUCCACUUCUUCCAGGUCGAGGUUGCUCCAAAGGAAAAUGAAUCGGCUGAAAAGACGAAGAAGAGGAAGAGAGGGGAAUCAAUGCAGGAACAUGGAGCUGAGCACGGCCUUGCCGGCGGUGACAGCACUCUAGAAUAUCGACUAGCAUCAGGCGCUGAGGAUGGCAAGAUACGGAUAUGGAAUCUGCACAAGCGAAACAGUGUGGCCGUACUGGACUCGCAUGUUUCUGUUGUCCGAGCUCUAGACUUCUCACUAAGCCAGAACGCGUUAGUUUCAGGAAGUCGCGACAAUACCUUGAUCUUAUGGGACGCUCGGACAUGGAAAGUCAAGCGCACCAUCGCAGCCCUCGAGGGAAUCGAAAGCGCUGGCUUCAUCUGUGGCGGUCAGAUCAUCUUCUCUGGUGGAGAGCAUGGACGAAUAAGGCUCUGGCCAACCUCAUCUGGGGAUGAACUUACCCGGGAACAGCGGCCAGGAACAGAGACCGACGCCAUUGUCGACAUCCUACAUUUCGACUCCUUACCAUAUCUAAUCUCAGUUCAUGCUGAUCAGGUCUUCAAUUUCCAUUCUUUAGAGCCGGUCGAUCUACCCUUCAUACAAGAAGCUAUAGACCCGCUACCUGUUUUUAGACGGGUGUCUGGCACCCACGAUGAAGUGAUAGAUCUCGCGUACGUCGGAUUAGAUAAGUCACUUUUGGCGCUCGCCACAAACUCAGAAGACAUUCGGAUCAUAUCUCUGAACACGUCAAAUGCCUCAGAAACAACUACGCAGACCAUUGGAGACUACUUUGGGGCAGAUGUUGCUCUGCUAAAGGGACACGAGGAGAUCAUCAUCUGCCUGGAUGUAGAUUGGUCAGGUCACUGGCUAGCAACAGGGGCAAAAGACAACACCGCUAGAUUAUGGCGCCUAGAUCCUAAGAACCAUUCCUACAAGUGCUUUGCGGUACUUACUGGUCACGCUGAAUCGCUCGGGGCCAUUGCACUUCCGCAUUCAGUGCCUCCUCUAGGGACCCCAGCAUUUACUGAUCCUCUUUCUCAUCCUCCCGAAUUUCUGAUCUCAGGAUCUCAGGACAGGACUGUAAAACGCUGGGAUAUCAACAAAGAUGCCAAGAAAGGUCUACGGGCAAAAUACACUCGCAAAGCCCAUGAUAAAGACAUCAACGCCGUCGACAUUGAUCAGACAAGCACACUCUUUGCCUCGGCAUCGCAAGAUCGCACAGUCAAAAUCUACUCAGCAGGUGACGGAGAGGCAGUCGGUGUGCUUCGGGGUCAUCGUCGGGGCGUUUGGACUGUCAAAUUUGCACCGAAAGACUCCCAGUUCCCGGGUUCCAGCACCAAAGGUCUCAUUGCCACAGGAAGCGGAGACAAGACAGUAAAGAUAUGGAACCUCUCCGACUACAGCUGUCUCCUAACCCUCGAAGGACAUUCUAACAGUGUGUUAAAGCUCUCUUGGAUACCGUACCGACCCAUUGAUGCUCGCGAUAAACGAGGCCCGCAGUUAGCCUCUGCUGCAGGGGACGGGCUGGUCAAGGUAUGGGAUACGCAUAGUGGUGAAGCAUUGUCUACUUUAGACAACCACACUGAUCGCGUCUGGGCUUUGACCGUACAUCCCACUUCCAAUGCCCUCGUUUCCGGUGGCGGAGAUAGCGUCAUAACGUUCUGGGCCGACACAUCGAGUUCCACUCUCGAAGCGGCCACAAGUGCCGAAGCCGAGCGGGUGGAACUCGACCAAAAACUUCAAAACUUCGCUUACGCAGGAAACUAUCGCGAAGCCAUUACGCUUGCUCUGCAAAUGGACCAGCCAGGCCGAUUAUUCAGCCUCUUCGGAUCCGUCGUCGAGACAGAAGUCCCAGAUCAAGCAAGCCUCUCCGGCCUCCUCGCCGUCGACGACGUCCUCUCCCACCUCUCCGACUCUCAACUCUACACCCUCCUCCUCCGCCUCCGUGAUUGGAACACCAAUGUACGCUCUGCACCUGUAGCACAGAAAAUUCUCUGGACCUUGGCGAAAUCGUACCCUGCUUCUCGCCUUGCGAAUUUAAAGCCGGCCGGCAAGAUUGGGACGAAGGGGGGUUUGAAAGACGUUCUCGAUGCGAUUCGAGCGUAUUCUGAGAGGCAUUAUAAAAGGGUAGAGGAGCUGGUCGAUGAGAGCUAUCUGUUGGAUUUCACUCUGAGGGAGAUGGAUGAGGUGGGAGAUGCUAGGGGGAUUGUGGAUGGGACGAGAAUAUUAGGGCUGAGUGGGGAUCUGGUGGUGGUG